ACCCCAAGCCACCCACCCACCCACCCAACUCUCCCCUCCUUAAUAACACCCAGCCCUUUUCCGUCUUCAUUUUUUCCCAUUCUCAUCUCAAAAAACUCAACUCCUUCUCUCUCAUUUUUCUCACUUACAACGAUCAUUAAAUGGGUUUGGAUGAUGGAUGUAACACAGGCCUUGAUCUGGGUUUAGGUUUCACUGCAACACCCAUUAAUCAGAACCCUUCAAAACCCAUCCCUAAGAGGCCACAGCCACCAUCCUCUGAGCCAACUCUUACUUUGAGUCUUUCUGGUGACUUUUAUCACGGCGUUGCUACCAAAAAAAGUGGUUUUAUUGAUGUGAACAAAGGUCUUGAAGAGGCUGCUGCUGCUUCUCCUCCUCAUAGUGUUGCUUCUUCAUUUUCUAGUGGUAGGAUCAAACGAGAGAGAGAUCUAAGCUGUGAAGAGGUCGAGGUCGAGGUCGAGAGAGUUUCUUCAAGAGUUAGUGAUGAAGAUGAAGAUGCCGUUAAUGCAAGGAAGAAACUUAGACUCACCAAAGACCAGUCUGCUCUUUUGGAGGAAAGCUUCAAACAACAUAGCACUCUCAAUCCUAAGCAAAAACAAGCAUUAGCACGGCAGUUGAACCUCCGACCAAGACAAGUUGAAGUGUGGUUCCAGAACAGGAGAGCCAGGACAAAGCUGAAGCAAACGGAGGUUGACUGUGAGUUCUUGAAGAAGUGCUGUGAAUCACUGACUGAUGAAAACAGGAGGCUGCAGAAAGAGCUUUCAGAUCUCAAAGCUUUGAAACUAGCGCAACCCUUUUACAUGCAAUUACCGGCGGCGACACUCACCAUGUGCCCUUCUUGCGAAAGGAUUGGCGGCGUUGGUGAUGGAGCAUCUAAUAAGCCUCCAUAUUCCAUGGGUGCUAAACCUACUCAUUGCUAUAAUCCCUUUGCCAAUUCUGCAGCUACUUGUUAAUUAGUUGUUGUUAAAUAGUAUUAAUUAGGAUAAUUAAACAAGAAUUAAUAUAUAGAUGAAUCCAAAACCCCUCCUAUUUUUUUGUUCAAGGGUUGAAGUGAAAAAAGGUGUUAGAGUGAUUAAUUAAUUUGCAGAAGUUUGUAAAUUCCUAAAAGAAAACAUUUAUAUAUUGUCAAAAUAUUCAUGUUUUA